UGGGAGGGAAGGAGCUGGAGGAGGAGAAGGACGGCCAGGACAGGGCUAGCAGCCAGCACCCACCCACCCAUCCUGCUGGCGUGAGGGAGCUCCCUGCGCCUUACCCACAACCUAGCCACGGCCCCAGCUCUGGCCUGUCUGUCUGUCCGGCCGGCCGGCCCCCCCGAGCCCUGCAAGAGGCGCCCCUGCUCCUAGCAGCCGCCGAGGGCAUGGACUAUUCGUACGACGAGGACCUGGACGAGCUAUGCCCGGUGUGCGGAGACAAGGUGUCCGGAUACCACUAUGGGCUGCUCACCUGCGAGAGCUGUAAGGGGUUCUUUAAGCGCACCGUACAGAAUAACAAACACUACACGUGCACCGAGAGCCAGAACUGCAAGAUUGACAAGACACAGCGUAAACGAUGCCCCUACUGCCGCUUCCAGAAGUGCCUGACUGUGGGGAUGCGGCUGGAAGCUGUUCGGGCAGACCGAAUGCGAGGUGGGAGAAACAAGUUUGGUCCCAUGUAUAAGAGAGACCGUGCCUUAAAACAGCAGAAGAAGGCCCUGAUCCGAGCCAAUGGAUUCAAGCUUGAGACGGGUCCACCCAUGGGACCUCCUCCACAAACUGACUACCCCUUGGCACCAGCCCUCCACCCAGGGUCCAAGGGCUUGGCACCUGUCCCACCUGCAGGGCCACCUGGUGACUAUGAGCGGGGCCCCUAUGGUCCACCAAGUCUACCUAUGGCAGUGCCCACUCAUGGCCCACUGGCUGGCUAUCUCUACCCUACCUUCCCUGGCCGUGCCAUCAAGUCAGAGUAUCCAGAGCCCUAUGCUAGCCCCCAUGAGCCAGCGCCCCCCUAUGGCUACCCAGAGCCCUACUCCAGUGGCCCUGGCCUGCCGGGGGUCCCAGAGCUCAUCCUCAAACUGCUGCAGCUAGAGCCUGAUGAAGGCCAGCUCAAGGCCCGAAUCCUGGCCUGCCUACAGGAGCCUGCCAAGGGCCGGCCUGACCGGCCCACACCUUUUGGCCUCAUGUGCAAGAUGGCCGACCAGACCCUCUUCUCAAUUGUUGAAUGGGCUCGCAGCUGUGUGGUCUUCAAGGAGCUGGAGGUGGCUGACCAGAUGAAACUUCUGCAGAAUUGCUGGAGUGAGCUGCUUGUCUUUGAUCACAUCUACAGACAGAUCCAACAUGGGAAGGAGGGGAGCAUUCUGCUGGUCACUGGCCAGGAGGUAGACUUAUCGACUGUGGCAGCCCAGGCGGGAUCUCUUCUUCAUAGCCUAGUGCUUCGGGCCCAGGAGCUUGUACGACAGCUGCACUCUCUGCAAGUCGACAGGCAGGAAUUUGUCUGCUUGAAGUUCCUUAUCCUCUUCAGCCUUGGGAGCUCGGCGGCAGCAGGCGGGGACCGGGCGGCUUUCAGAGCGCACAUUCCCUUAAGCGUUUGCAAUUUAUCAACAGCUUCUCGCCAACAAAAGGCGUCUUGAAUAGCAGGCCCACUUGAGGGUACACACAUCAUCCCAGAGGCUGGAGAUGUGUGAGGGGGGCCAUUGUGCCCGACAGCCUUUGCAACUGUUUCUCUGUCUCCCAAUGGAGUGAGUCAAUGUUAUUUGGACAACAUUCUUUAUUCCUCGGAGGAAUGAA